CUUGUCCGCACGGUCUACAACAUGGACGAGAUGAAGACCUUUGUCGCUCGUGGGGCUGUUUGUCCCAGAGGCAUGGCCGUCUGAUCUGGAAACAUGACUUAUAUGCAGAAAGCCGCCUGUUGUCGAUCCUGCCUAUGUCGCACACGCUCAGCAAAUCCGCGCAUGAUCGGUCAAUGUCGCACGAGGGAGUGUCUGAGACGUGUGAAUCUGGAUUCUCCCUUCGUGAACCUUUCGAAGAAGGCCCAGCAAUCAGCCAGGCUUCUCGAAAGAAAGUCAUGCUCGCCGAGUUGCUGGCCUGUCCCUUAAGAGCAAUGGUUUCUGAAGGGUAUCUGCCACGCCUGAAAUAUCGCUUUUGGUACUAUCAUGUG